UUCUGUCAGAAAAAAAGGAAAACGGGCCGACCCUCCGUGUCAUAAACGGACUAUUUCCUUAUUUUCGCUCAUUAACGUGUGCGCUGGAAAUGUGUCAGCUGCCGGCCCGCAGGCGACAACUCAAGCGUUUUUGGUGAGAAAGGGCGACGUCGAGUGAUUCUGGGCUAGUCAGCAGCCACAUAACGGAGCCCAGUCUUUAUCAUGGAAGAUGGUGCAAAAGAAGACCCAGCCCUCAAGAAAGAGCCUAAGUUCCUGAGCAAGGCCGGCUGGUUGAAGAAGGGCUAUGGCAGACUGCUGGCAAGCUAUAAAGACCGCUACAUCCAGGUGGAGAAGACCGAGAUUGUGGUGUAUGAAAAUGAGGACCUACAGAACUGCUUGGAGAGGCUUGACCUGGAAAACUAUGACAAAUGUCAUGAAUUAAAGAGCCCCUUCACGAAGAAGCAAAGACUUAUACUCAUACGAUCGGCAAAGUCCACAAAUAAGGUGAGAGAAGAGUCUGCUCAGACAGUGGAGGACAAGGAGGCUUGGAUUAAAGCCCUCAGUGAUGGCAUUAAUCGAGCAAAGAAUAAAAUCUUUGAUGAGGUGAAGAUUGAUCAAAGCAGCAACUUAGAGCACGUUACUCGAACAAGACCCAAAGGGAACCGCAACCGGCGUCCACCGACCAGGAUACACAUGAAAGAGUCAACCACUGAGACCCUUACCCUGAGUCCACUGCUUUACCACUUGUCCGGGGAGAAAAAAAAGCAAGACGAGAAAUCUGUAGACAGUGGUCAGCACUCAGAUGAUGGGAGUGAAGGCUCUGGAAGUCAAGACACAUUGGUAGCUGCUACAGCUGCACUCAGGGGGAGCCAUUCUGCUUUGGAUGUGGUGGAUGCUAGUGAGGACAGCAUUCAGAUAUCGGUUAUUUUAAGACCAGCACAGGUCACAACAGUGCCUCAGGUUAGCUCCAAGAACAUAAAACCCAUCCCUCCUCUCAAGCCCUCAGCCAAGGGCAGGUCAGCCUCAAUUGGGAAUCUGCUGUCUGAAUCGGAUGUCUGUAAUCAGAUGAAAGAGUCUAGCAGAGGUGGAGCUGUAAGCGCUGGGGGUUCUAGCGAUGAUGUCAUUAAACUUGAGACUGAAGUGGCUCUAGAGAUGGAAAAGACGAGCAAGCUCUUGAGCAAAGUGUCCCAGGACCAUGGAAGUGAAGAGGAGGAUGUACCGGGGGAUCUGCUGGCUGAGGCCAUGGAGAAGCUGAAGAAGGCGGACCACGUCCUCAGGGAGGUCAAGAAACUGAAAUGUGCAACAAACGGAAGCAAAAGGAAGAGUUGGUGAACGUCACACACUGACUGAAACUGACCAACUGAUAAACCCUUUACCUAGACAGUGAUAGUGCAGUCAUAUCAUGGAACAUGUAAAAAGGCCCCUCUAAAUACAAUUUGCCUAAAAGUGAAGGGACAGUGGAUUUCUGUAUCAUCAAAGAUGGUCGUUUAUGAUGAGCUCAUUCACUCUAUGAUCACUGGUGUGCAGGCCUGACCUGGACACUGUAUUGGAUUCAAUUCAGUUCAAUUUUAUUUACAGUACUGUGCACAGGUUUUAGGCAAGUGAGGAAAAAUGCUAUAAACAAAGAAUAUUUUCAAAAAUGGAAGUGUUAAUCGUUUAUUUUCAUCAAUCAACAAAAUCCAGUGAAGGAACAAAAGAGAAAUCUACAUCUAGUCAGUAUUUGGUGUGACCACCCUUUGCCUUAAAACAGCAUCAAUUCUUCUAGGUACACUUGCACAGAGUUUUUGAAGGAACUCGGCUGGUCGGUUGUUCCAAACAUCUUGGGGGACUAACCACAGAUCUGUGGAUGCAGGCUUCCUCACAUCCUUCUGUCUCUUCAUGUAA